UAUAUCCCAGUAUUAAGAUUUACCCAUAUACUACAAUGCUUCAAAAUUUUCGAAAUAUCUUCUCAAUCGAGGCAGUCCCAAAGCUGCUGAUGAUGAGUCUCAAUUUACUCAAAAACUAGGUACAUCUAUUUACCUGCUUUAUUUACCUACAGUGUUGAUGCUUUGCUCUACAACAAACAAAGAAAUCAUGAUACGUCGGUCAUUUUGCGAGCGAACUUCUCUUGUAGCCAACCACCACCUCGGCCUGAUCGCAAGGGUCAGAGAAACUCAUAUCUUUCUAGCCAUUAUAGGAAAGCUUUGUUUCAAAGACAAAAAGGUACAAAGCCAAGUGUAACUACCACAUCAAAGAAGAAAAGAGUUUUAGGAAUGUAUCAAAAGGACUUGGAGACCGCAUUCUACCAACAAAGACUUCUUUAGCACAACUCCAUGGUUGCUUAAUAUAUUGGAGCUUCAAAGUAUGAAGAAUUUUUAAAUUGGAAUUAGGCUACUCUGAUCAAGUCACUUUAUUAGAAUCACAGCAAGUCCAUUUCGAUAUGGCAAGCUCUUACUUGGCCAAAUUUUUUGGCGGAUCGCGACCUGCGCCUGAAGAUGAGGGGGAAGACUCAGCUGAUACUUCCUCGCCUCCUCAGGGCGAUUACAGCUUGCCCUUCCCGCCCCCUAAGCUACACGGCCUCUACCAAGAAAAAAACAUUUGGCGACAAUUGUGGAUACUGUAUGCAUGGCUGUUUAAAUCGGCCUUAUAUUAUAUCCCAUUUAUUUCACUCUUGAUUGGCCUCCCUUGGCUAGCGAUAUAUGUUUCCUACACUCAGCUUUUUCUUAGAGAUGACGCAAUUUUGCCCGAUUUGUGGAAGGCACCUCUCGAUGGGUGGGACGCGUUCUCUCGGCUCAUCAGGACUUUGUUUUGGGUAUUGGUAAAUAUCGUUGUCAAGGCCGCUAGUUGGUUUGGAAUCCCACCUGCAUGGUAUCAUCCAGUGAAAACCGCAGUCACUAGUUUUGUUACUGGCUGGUACAACUCGGCCUCUGCUGCUGUCACGACGUCGACGGGAUAUCUCUCUGGCCUGCAGGAUACUACCACGAAAUAUAUCACAUCCUCAAGAUUAUGGGAUAUAUUUCAUAUAUUCCAUGCUGGCAAAUGGGGCCCCAUAAUUCGCUUCUCCAAAUAUUUUUUCGCCUUUAGCAUGUCAACAUACUUCUUCGUCACAACUUCAAGUACGUGGGAUCCCAACUUCCUUCUUCUUUCCUCCCUGAUGAUACAAUUGGGUCCUAUAAAACGUGCGUAUACGUAUAUUAUUGACUACGUGAAAACUUUAUCGCCGAUGAUGAAUAUAUAUCAGGAAUCUCGAGAGAAUAUUAGAAGCUUUUUAAGUGUCUCGAAUACCUACUCUUCGCUGAUCAAAUGGCUUUCGGCUAUUGGUGGUGAUACGUCGGUUUCGAUACUACCAGAACCAGAACCUGGACAGCACGAGCUUCCGGCAGGUUUCCAAAUAAGCACGGAAUUAGGAGAGAGGUUUUCAAAGUCAACACUCGGAGAAGUGUUGACGGGGUCACAACUUGGAGAAGCAAUCAAGAGUUUAAGGCUCUCAGAAACGGUGGCAUCAUCAGAUCUUAGAAAAGCGCUGGCAGGGUCAGUAGUUGGAGGAAAAUUAGCAGCAUCGAACUUCGGACAAUCUUCGGCAGGAUCUGAACUCCUCGGUGAAUCAUUAUCAGGAUCUAUACUUGGAGAUAUAUUAUUAGGAUCUGAUACUCAAAAAAGGAUAGCCAUUUCACGGCUCGGGAGAGCAUUAGCAAAAUCGGAAUACGCAGCAACAUUGGUAGGAUUUGAACUCGUGGACACAUUAACGGAGUCAGAACUCGCGAGUAGAAUAACAGAAGAGUUAGACACUCAGUUAGGCUUGGUCACUCACCUUAGAGAUCUCUCGGAGGCAUUGUGGGGGCCACGGCAACGUGAAAAUACUAUUAAAGGGUUAUUUGGAUCACAUCUUGGAGAGGUGUUAACAAAAUUCGAACUUGGAGAAAUCCUAGAAGGAUCAAGACUUGGAGAAAUUUUAACAGGAAAAGUUCGGGGGCCUACUCUACCACGAACGCGUGUUACGGCGGAGCGUAUCAAACCACCAAGAGCAGAUAUUCCUCCAGAACACAUCACACCGACAGUAGACACCUUUCUACCGAUGGUAACCAAACUAGUGGCCGUGCUUUUAGAACCAUUAGCACCAGUAGUGGCUUUCUUAACUGGCUCACCCUCUAACACCACACAGACAUUGAGCAACAAGCCCAAAAUUUCUUCGGAUCAAAUUGUCCUAGUAACAGAACCCGUUCUACCAGUUGUAACGAAAGUAGUCACUAUAUUUCUUAAACCAAUAGCACCUGUAGUGGCUUUCUUGUCCAGUUCACUCAAUACCACUGAACAACUCCCAAGCGGGACAUCCACCUCUUCCAGGCUCAUCCCAUCUCUAGAAAUAUCUUUCGAUCCAGCUAAAGUUUCCCUCUUCGCAACUUAUAUACUGGCACUUCUGUUUGCAUUCGGUUUCUAUAUAUCCCUGCGCCAUUAUCUAAAUGCCUGGAGCCAAACGAUGUUUGAUGCGCCUUUACCCCCCGAAGGGAUCCCUCCUCCAGCGGGACAACCUUCACCGGAAGCCACAGGCAAGGCUCUGCCUCGCUCUCGGGAAUCAUCGGUGUGGUCUAUCCCCACCGAGGAGUGGCAUUUCCCACCACCCCUGAACAGACUACCGUCGGUAAACGUGUUGUUCGCCUAUGUUCGCCGACCCUUCUCAUAUAUUCGUUGGCUACUCACCGAGUUCCAAGAUCACCGUUUUCCCCUGCCUCCCCUGUCUCAAAUACCACUAAUAAGCAAUAUACUCGCCUAUAUCAUUCGUCUAUAUGCAAUGUUUAUUCAACUAUUUGCAGACAUCAGACAGCAGUUCUCAGCUCUGCACAAUAUCAUAAACCUUUAUCACCUCACUCCUCUACAAGCAAUAUUCGAUGCAUUAGCCGCUCAAUACGCGCUACUUAUCCGCCUUAAGGAUUUGGCUUUAUAUACCCAUGAAUGGUUCAUCAUUUCAAUGGCUUACUUAUUUUGGGUGAUGAUGGGAUGGGAGACGGACUUCUCCAAGAGCCGUGUAUACGCUCUAACAAUUCUUGGUGCUAACCGCUCUAUCCGCUCUCAUUUUUGGACAGGUCCUCUAACUCGAUCCAGACGUCGCGGUCGUGGGGCAAAUUUGCGACGUCACCAUUUCCCUGGAUUUGCGCGGGGUCGCCAUCGCUCCCUUCUUGAUCCACAAUGUGGGUACCCUUUUUGGCUAUCCGUAUAUCCACAAUACAAUAUAUACACUAACACUAUUCAGGGUUUCCUCUCUUCCAUGUGAUGAUUGGGUCGGUCAUUGGGAGUCUUAUAUGUCUUACAGCAGCGGCUGAUCCAGAUGAUAUCCGUGAUGUUCUCUUUGAUACUAGUAAAUUGUAUAGGCAUCAAUCCCAAGAAUUGUAUAAAGGUUAUGACUAUGGAAAAUUGUUGGUACUGGCGUUUUGCGCUACUACUAUAGCGUAUUUCAUUACUCCUGGUCCUGCAUUGUAACGGGGCUUGGUUAUCUGAAAAGAGGAUAUGGGUUUGAAUGUAUUAAUGUUCUUAUGUACAGAAGUAAGGGAGCAAAAAUCAG